GUUCGCUUCCAGCCUUAGUUUCCACUGCGUCAGCCAGCUGGAUCUGCUGUGGCGGAAAAGUGCGGGCGCGAUCCCUGCAGGGCACCUGUGGGAGACAGCGGUGGCGGGAGAAGCCAGGUGACCGUGGCUGACUUCGCCUUGGGUGGCCAGUGGGCCCCGCCGAGCCCGAGUUUGUCAGGUACAACUUAACCUUGAGGAAGAACCCCGGAGAAGAAAGAGGAAGAAGGAAUGGCAUUCUCUCAGGUCACUGUGUUGCAGGAGCUGUUGACAUUUAGAGAUGUGGUCAUCGAUUUCUCUCUGGAAGAGUGGGAAUGUCUGGACCCUGUUCAGCGAACUUUGUAUAGGGAUGUGAUGUUAGAGAACUACAGGAACAUUUUCUCCUUGGGUCUAGCGGCCUCUAAGCCGCACCUGAUCUCCCGCCUGGAGCAAAGCGAGGAGCCCUGGAAUGUGGAGACACGGGGGACAGCAGCCAGGCACCCAGGUAUUGUGAAAUCUCAUUCAAAAUACACUGAACACCAGAGAAUUUGUGCUGGAAAGAAACUCCACAAGUGUAAAGAAUGUGGCAGAGCCUUUAGUAAGCCCUCCAACCUUAGUAAGCACCACCGCAUUCACACUGGUGAGAAACCCUACAAGUGUAAAGAGUGUGGCAGAGCUUUUAACGUGUCCUCCAACCUGACUCAACACCAGCGCAUUCACACUGGGGAGAAGCCCUACCAGUGUAACGAAUGUGGCCGAGCCUUUCGAAUGUCCUCAAACCUUACUCGACAUCGGAAAAUCCACAGUGGAGAGAGGCGCUACCAGUGUAAAGAAUGUGACAAAACCUUCCAUGCACCCUUCAGUCUUACUCGGCACCAGAGAGUUCACGCUGGGGAGAAGCUCUACAAGUGUGAAGAAUGCGGCAAAGGCUUUGAUCGAAGUUCCAGGCUUACUCAACACCAGAGAGCUCACAGUGAUGAGAAACCCUACAAAUGUGAGCAGUGUGGCAAAGCCUUCGAUCAGUGCCUCCGAUUUAUUCAUCACCUGCGAGUUCACACUGGUGAGAAAGCCUACACCUGUGAGGAAUGUGGCAAAACCUUUGACCGCAUUUCCAGACUCAUCCGUCACCUCAGAUUUCGUACUGGUGAGAAGCCCUACAAGUGUAAAGAAUGUGGCAAAACCUACGAUAAAAACUGCAGACUUACUCAGCACCAGAGAGUUCAUAACAUUGAGAAACCCUACAAAUGUCAAGAAUGUGGCAAAGCCUUCAAUCAGAGUUCCAGGUUUAUUCAACACCAGAGAGUCCACACUGGUGAGGGACUCUACAAAUGUGAAGGAUGUAGCAAAACCUUUGGCCAGAUCUCCAGAUUGAUUCAACACCAAAGAAUUCACGAUGAUGAAAAACCCUACCAAUGUGAACAAUGUGGCAAAGCCUUUGGCCGAAGCUCUAGACUUAGUCAGCACCAGAAAAUUCACACUGGUGAGAAACCCUACAAAUGUAAAGAAUGUGGCAGAGGCUUCCAUCAGAAUUUGAGGUUUAUUCAACACCAGAGAGUUCAUAUUGGUGAGAACCCCUAUAAAUGUGAAGAAUGCGGCAAAUCCUUUGAUCGAAGCUCCAGACUAAUCCAGCACCAGAGAAUUCACAGUAGAAAGAACCACAAGUGUCAAGAUUGUGGCUCAGCCUUUAGUCAGUACCCAGACCCUCCCGAGCACCGCAGAAUACACACCAGAGAGAACCCUACCAAUGUAAUGAACGUGAAAAAGCCUUUAGCGGGGCUCAUGCCUUACUGAACAUGAUAUAGUUCCUACCAGAGAGAAAUCCUACAAAUGUAAGAAAUAAGGCAAAGCUUUUCCCAUAAUUCAAGUUUUAGACAACAUCACGGAAUUCCUAAUACAGUACAUAAAAAUCCCACCCAUAGAAAGAAUGUGGCAGGGCUGGGGAUUCAGCGCAGUUGUUCCACCACCUGUCUCACAAGCAUGGACCUGAGUUCGAUCCCCAGAACCAAAAAAAAAAAAGUGGUAAAGACUGUAAUAGAUUUUACAUCUUACUCAAAGUCAGACGGUUGAUACUGGAAUGAAACCAUACAAAUGCAAAUAAAGCCAAGUAUUUAAUAUUUAGUCGUUAUUCAACAUCAGAUAAAUCAUAUUGGCUAAAAACCUUUUAUCUACAGUGACUAAGAAGACAUCAAAAAUAUAAACCUUUGUACAUUGUAAUAUUUAGAUUAGAAAAAACAUGCAAAUGUAGAGUA